AAGCGCAGCUGCUGGGAUGAUGAUGAUGAUGAUGAUGGUGGUGGUGGUGGUGGCUUGGUUCUGAUGAAGGGUGAACAGAACUUUUGAGCGAAUGUUAAGAGGAAAGUAGUUAAUAAUCCGAGCCGUAAGUGAAGGCAGCACCAGCCGAAACUCCGACCGGAAACAGCUGAGAGACUUUUCCCAGUCGGGACCAGAAACCACAGAACCGAAUCUGGAGCAGUUUUUCAGGGGACCAGUUCAGCCCGGUACCAACUGGAGAUUCUGCCGGAAGUGGUUCCGGUUCGGCAGGGAGUGUUUAUGGCGUUAUUGGUCCAAAGGAACGUCUUAUCUGUGGACCGACUGGACCCGAUGGACCACAGACAGCAGCAGGAGGAGUUCUGAUCUCUGAUUCAGGACUGGGACAAAGAUCUCGGUGGACUUCCUGAACGCUCAUUGAUUGGAAGAGCUGUGGACAGCUGAGUGUCUGUGGAGGUCAUGGGUUCUCCACAGACCCAGGGAUCUCCAGCUGUUCCUCAGAUGGGGGUUCGCGCCCGGGUGUCAAACUGGUCAAAGAAGCGGGAGAUAGGGAACGCCGGGCCCCCCUCGAGAGUUGACAGCCUGGGACCGAGCCAGUUGGAUGGACCUUCUAGGAAGUUUCUGGAGGACAGCCUGGACCUGUCGGGUCGGUCGGAGACCGGCGUCCAGGUCUUCAGGACAGGCCUGGUGAGGAUGAAGAGGAGCAACAGCGAGGCGACCAUCAGUGACUUCAGUUCUGAGGACGCAGGUCCCACAGCCACGCUGACCAGAAGACACGGGAGCUCGUCCAGCGUGGACCUGUUGAGCUCAGCGGGGUUCUGGGAGGUUCUGGACCAGGAGCCCAGUGCUCCUCCUCCAGUCCCUGAGCCUGACGCCGUCUCUACCGUGCUUUCUCCCAGCCUGCAGGCGGCUGUCCAGAUCGCACGUGGGGACAUCGUCUUCAUUCCAGGACAGGACACUGACAGAGAUCCCAAAAAGAAGACGGAGACGUCUGUCCUCGGCCGCCUGAGGCCUCAGCGGACCAAUGGCACUGAGGUGCGCCAAGACAGCAGCUGCCCUUUGACCCCUCACAGGUGGUUCUCUCAUUAUGAUGUUCAGAGUGUCCUCGUCACUGUAGCAGAGGGACGUCCCUGUGCAGAGGCUCCUGAUCUGCUGCCGUCAGUGGGGCACGAAGACCAGGAUGGUGUCGAACGGAGCAGCGCUCUGGUCCUAGCCUGUCCUCACUUCCUGAAUGAGCUUGGAGGGGAAAUGGACCAGAACUUGGACCUGACCCGGCCCAACGGCUCUACCGGCACCAAUGCUGCCUUGUCUGUCCUGGAGGCGUCCAGAGGAAGCAAGCGCUGUCCCGCAGACCUCAGGGGGACGGACGAGUACCUGGACCUGGGAGCCACAUACUACCAGAAAUACUUCUACACCAAAGAUCACCAGAAUUAUUUUGCCGUUGAUCCGAAGUUCGGUCCGAUUUCGCUGAGCGUCCGUCGAGACGCUGUGGAUGAUGGAGGAAACCCAAUCGGGUUCUGCUACAGGAUCAUCCUCCGGACCGGCCAGCUGCCCACCCUGAGAGGAUCCAUCAUGGAGGACUCGGUCCCUUCUUCGUCCAAACACGGGUCGGGUCGAGGUCUUCCCCUGAAGGAUGUCCUGGAGUUUGUGGUCCCAGAACUCAACAUCCAGAACCUGCGAGCGGCAAGCCGUUCCCCCAAAGUCCCAGACCUGCUGCUGCAACUGGAUCAGCAGGAGCUUGUCCUCCAGCACAGAGUGGACCUGCAGCUGAGCUGGGCCGGUCAGAACACGGGAGAGACCAGCAGUCCUGCCCUGACCCAGUUCCUAAACUUGCUGGGCCACAGCGACCCGAUGAAGAAUUUCUACAAGCACCAAGACCAGCAGAACUCUGGCAACUCAACAGAAAGUCCAACUGUUUCCAUGAUGUUCCAAGAAUUUCAGCUGACGUUCCACGUUUCUGCCCUGCUACAAACUGUUGCCGAUGGUUCUGCUCAGGUACUGAGGUCACACCUCGUUGGGAACGAUGUCACCGUGAUUUUCCAGGAACCUGAUGCUCCGCCCUUCAAGCCCCAGAUCAUCCGUGCCGACCUCCAGCAUGUCUUCAUCAUCGUUCGAGUUCACCGACCCUGCACCCAGCACACCUGUUACAGUCUUGCCGUGUCUAGGUCCCGGGGCGUCCCGCCCUUCGGUCCAUCAAUCCCAUCUGGUUGGAUGGCUCCUGCCUCCUCUGCCUUCGUGGACUUCCUGCUGACCAAGAUCAUCAACGCCAAACACGCCACCCGCAAGUCCGAGUCGUUUGUCACCAUUGCGACUCGUGCUCGCAAGGAGCAGCUGAAGCAGUUGGUGGACAGUUUUGUGACGACGACACCAUUGGACUCCUCCUCCUCCGGCGUCCGCUUCAGCUUCAUCUCUCUGGGCGGAAAGAAGAAGGAGCGUCUGGCGCCGCAUCCGCUGGCCUACCUGCAGAGCGCAGGCGCCCUCACCUGGAGCGUGACGGUUCGCGACCCCCGCACUUCUGUGGCAGUGGCCUGCCGACUGGCCGUCUCCGGCGAGCUGCUGGCGCUGAUAGAAGAGGCGGGCAGAAAGGUGGUGUUUCACUGUUCAUGCAGGGACGUGAUUGGCUGGAACACCGCACAUGGAUCCAUCCAGGUGUUCUACCAACACGGACUCUGCGUGGCGUUCUCCACACGGGAUGGCCGCUGGGAGGACUCCCAGGAGAUCACGCAACGGUUGAAGACGGUGACCCACGGCGCUGCGGGGGCCGCCGUGACUCUGAGGAGGAACCGGCUCGGUCAGCUGGGCUUCCACGUCAACUUCGAGGGCGUGGUGGCCGACGUCGAGGCCCACGGUCUCGCCUGGCAGGCGGGUCUUCGCCCCGGCUGCCGGUUGGUGGAAAUCUGCUCAGUUGCCGUGGCAACACUUUCUCAUGAGCAGAUGAUCGAGCUGCUGAGGACGUCGGCGAACGUCAGCGCCAUCGUACUCCCGCCUCUCAGAGACGGGACGCCACGCAGGAGUUUCUCUGAGACCCAACGGCUCCCCCUGCUGGAGCUCAGACUGGACCCUGAUGUCACUUCCUGCGCCAGAACACCAUCCAAUCAGAGUCCAGUCCAACUGAGCUCUUCUUCUGACAUCAAGAACGACAUCAGAGCUCCUCCUGAUUGGUUUGUUGGUUCUGAUGGACGCACCAGGUCCACGCAACACCGGCCCAGUAGAGACAGAGGUGACUGGAACCGGAACCAGGAUCCAUUUGGCUUCCAGAAACCCAGACUCCACGGUCUUCCUCCUCGUCUUCCUCAGUGUGCGAGUCCAGCAGACGGAGACGGCAGCCGGCGGCCGCAGUUUGCAGCCACAAGUUGCUCGAGUUGCAGCAACACGUUGUCCAGCAGCAGCAGUGACGGCAGGACCUCGACGCCUCAGCUUGCCUGUCUCAGCGGCGUGUCGGUGGACAGCGGCAUAGACUCCGCCCUGUACUCGCCGUCAGCACUGCCUCCGGUCGCUGGGGCAACACUGGUCCUGACGGACGUCCACAGGAAGGAGUCGGCGGGGCCGAGCCGUCUCGUGACCGACCUCAGAGGCUCUGUUGCUAAAGACUAUUGUGGAACCAGAUGUUCAUCAGCAGACAGAGUGAAGGCAGAUUCACCUUUGACCCCCCCAGGUGAUGCCAGCUGGGAUGCAGAGCGUCUCUGCAGCCAGGAUACCUGUCCGUGGGAGGCGGGGCUUAGCAGGUUGAACAGCGGUUUGUUACUGGAGGAAACUGGCAGACCCAGCCAUCGUCCAAUCAGAGGCCAGAAGUCCACCUGCAGAGUCUCUGGAGUCUCCGCCCCGUUUCCAUGGAAACAUCUAACCCGCAGCAGGUCACAUGACAGUUUGUCCCUUGCCAGCGGCGGGACUCUGCAGAGCCCCGCCCACAUCAUGCGGCGCCACCACAGCGCACCGACCAUCAGACGCCGGCCUACACCUCUUCAGAAGGGUGUGUUUCCAUCGUCUCUCACUGACCAUCCGCUCCGUUACAUUCAGGAAAUGAGAUCAGGGAGCCCCGCCUUGAACAGUGACAUCACAGCUUCCCUCUCAGGUAAAGUGUCUCAGCUGGAGGAGAUCCUUCAGCGGCUUCAGCUGGACCUGCUGAAGGAGCAGAAGGACAAAGCGGCGCUGCAGCAGCAGAUCCUCGACCUGCGACGGGACAACCUGCGCCUGCAGGAGGAGAGCCGCGGCGCCGCCCAGCAGAUGCGACGCUUCGCUGCAUGGAUGCUGCGCAGGGGCUCGUUGCCAUGACAACAAACCUAACCGUGCAGUCAGGACGGGCCGCUCGGGGUCUGCCAGACAAAAACACCAGAACCGUCGGACCUGUUCAGAACUCUUUAGGUGUCCGACAGUUUGUGGGAUGAAACCCGACAUCACACCUGCUGAACCUCCGGUUCUGACCCGGAUGCUGGUUCUGGUUUACUGCCAGAUAAAAUCAGAACUUUUUUCUGAUCAGAGCAGAAGUCGAAACCAGACCUGAUGACAGAGGAUGAUUCUGGUCGGAUGGAGGACAUGUAAAUAUCUGGAUGGUGUUUUGGACAUUUUGUUUGCUUCCAUCACUUCCUGUUUUUAAGGAAUAUCUGGUUCAUUUAUUCAUGAAGGGAAAUUUCUCUGAACUUCAGCUUCAUUAAAAAAUUUAACUGAUCAGUCAGUGCAACACUGCCCCCAUGUGGACACCAGUGGAACACCAGUAGCAAACAGGAAACCAGUAGCAGAGCUCCUUACUGCUCUGAUUUUAGCAUCAGUUCUUGUGAUCUAGACGAUCUAGGUCUAUCAAGAUGACUGUGAACCAGAUCAGAUUCCAGAUGUUCAGCUGAACAGGAGGGUUCAUAUUCAUACUUCUGCAUCAGCUAGCUUGCUACUGGUUACCAGUUUGUUACUGGACCUGAUGACCUAUUUUGUUACAUAGUUACUGGUUACCGCUUGAUUAUGGAAUUCAAUUGAAAAUGAAUUCUAAUUCAUUUUCAAUUCUGUUCUUGACCUUUCUGUUCAGGUCAGGAACAGAAAGAAACAUCGUCCGUUUGGAGCCUCAGCUGGCCCAGGGGUCCGUUUGGAGCCUCAGCUGGCCCAGGGGUCCGUUUGGAGCCUCAGCUGGCCCAGGGGUCCGUUUGGAGCCUCAGCUGGCCCAGGGGUCCGUUUGGAGCCUCAGCUGGCCCAGGGGUCCAUGAGGCAGACCCUGAACGCGGUGCAUCGGGUCGGACUUUUGGUUCUCGACUGUAGAAUCUGCUUCUUUGUUUUUGACUCUGGAGUCGUUUAGAAACGGCUGGAGACAUUUGUGAACAAAAUGUCUUCAGCCGUUUCUUUAAAAUAAGCUUCUCUGACCGAUCUCCUUAUCGGACUCACCAGUCUCAGUUAGAGGUCACAGAGGUCGCUUUAAAAGCUGAUGGCAGCCAGUGGACACGAGGUUCUAACUUCCUGUUUUGUGUCGGCAUCCUGGAGCAUUUCUAGACUCUAGAAAACCAGAAAAAUUUAACAACUGCCUGAAUCAGUUCAUCCAAUUUAAAGUAAUUUUCCAAAUUGAAGGCCAAAUUUGUCCCACAGAGAAAAGAGUCGAAGCCGAGGAUGAUAGGUGGCGUCUUGCUUUCCAAAUGGGAUCCUCCCUGUUUUCAGUAGCAGGAGCCAGGCCGUCAUGAGUUUAAGGUUUGUUGACGAGAGAUUAAACCUUAAACUCAGGGUCACCGUUUAAAUUUGGGCAAUCUGUGCAAAGACUCGUCAUAAACCUUGGGCAGCGUUGGAGAACCGCAGACUUCAGUUCUUCAGCCGGUUCUCAGACUUCCAGACGGUAAAAUCAUGUUGAAAAGAAUAACUAACAUGAGUCUGUAUUAGAAGAAUUAAGAAAUUUAUUAAAAGCUUUCCAGAAAAGAA